CAGUGAAUUGGUGCUUGAGUAUUCAAUGCGGAAACCAUAAAAACAUAAGCAAUUUUAAAAAAUUUAAAACAUCGCUGGACAUUUUUGAAAAUUUUUAUACUUCUUAUCGUUGUAUCUCAAAAUAAUCACCAGAUGUGUUGUAGUGAAAAUUCGUAGAACUCUCCACAUAUUUUUUGUCAGUUAGCAAAGACGCACACCACUUACAAGAACCGCGGCCUAAUUCCUGUCUAAGUUAUUAAGACAAAAUUAAAAUAAUACAUAUUCAAUGGCAUACUGAAUUGCUAUUGACUUCAAUAUUAACAUAAGAAGGAAUUCCAAAUAAAAUCAACUGAGAGUGUGGAUCGUUAGAAGCGACUAGUAUAGUCCAAGACGAAAAUGGCUGGAGUGUCUAUUAAGUACUUCGCUGCAUUGCUGCUGGUAGGCGGCGUCGUCUGCAUCAACGGCGUUGCUAAUGAAAUCUCCGAAACAGACGUGGAGAUGAUUGCCUACCACAAUCAGUUAUUAAAAUCCAUAUAUAAUGAGGCUGUUAAAUUAAGUAUAUACGUUUUGCGAUGGAGUGAGGAAUUAUGCACGAAGAUGGACAACGAAGAUAUACUGAUAUACAAGAAUAUAGCAAGUGAAAAGUCUAAGAAAACUGUAGAACAAGUUACUCGCGAAACAAUUCUGAGAAAUUGUAUUAAUCGUGUCGAGGAUCGUUUUGAUCCCACAGCGAAUCGUGACGAUGUAUAUGGUCCAGACGAACCCCUGUUGCUUAAGUAUGGAUUGGCUGAUAUUCAAAAGGUUGUGGAGCAAAAAUAUGAAGAUUUUUUUGAAGAGAUUUUGUGGCAAAUCAAAUUAUAUCUGAAGAGUUUGACACCGGAGCAGCAAAGAAACACGACGGCACGAAAUUUGAAAGGGUGGUCAAGUAAAAUUAGGGCGGCUUCAACUUUGGCACGUAAGGAGUUGACUUUUAGAAGUUUUAUGCGUUAUUAUUUUUUGCAAGAAAGUGUUUAGAGUGCGAGCUGUUUAAUAAUGUUAGAAGCUCAUUUAACUGCACACAAAUUAAAGUAGCCAAGAGUUGGCAACGCUAACGGAUACUACAAAAUUUUUGUAUAUAUAACUAAGUCAGCUCCUUGAAUUAUUUUCAGCGAUUAGAAAAUAUUGAAUGUUGCAAUUAAUUUAUAGCGAUUGUUUUAGAUAUUAACUUGAAUUGCUAAAAAG